UAAUAAUACAUUAAAACAUUACCAAAAAGCCAAGAACUACAAAAACUCUUUUCUCUCUCGAUCGCCAUCAUCCAUUCGCAUUCAUUCUCUCUAAUAUUCCAUAUUCUGUUUCGUUCCCCCAAAUUAGUUUUAAAUCGCGCGUGAAAUCUCCGAGGGCCGGCGGGCUGGGUUGGUUUAAUUUGGGAAAUAUGGUGAAGUGGUCGGCGGCGACGGAGAAGAAGUAUAGGGUCACGGUGAAGCCAUUGAGGCUGGAGGGGAUCCUGACGUCACCAUCUCCGUCGUCUCAAAUGGUGGUACUGAAGGUGAAAUGGGACGGCCCCAAGUCGGCCGGAGGAGUACUGCGCCGUGGGUUCUCGAUGAUGAGGUCGUCACAGCCGAGUAAUUACAGCACCCACAAGUUCUUGAGACGGCGUCGCAGCAUCACCGAUUCUGAUGAAAAUUCCGGCGAGAAGGAGGAGGAGGUGGAGGAGGAGUCGGCGGCGACGGAGGUUGAAUGGGACGGAGAAGAGUUCGAGAACAUUUGCAGCUUCGGCACGGCGUCGUCUUCGUUUUCUCCCUGGGAUGUAACGUUCAGCGUUCUCUGCGGAAAGGAAGAAGAAUUCAGGAACACGAAAUUAACAACAGCGGGGAGUGUUUCGUUCAACAUAGCAGAACUAUUGGGUUCUCGCACGACGAUUGAUUCUCACAUCAUUAGCCUUCCUAUUUCUUUGCACAUUCACGAUGUCGUCCGCUCUCAAGCAAUUCUCGUGGUAAGCGUGAGCUUUGCUGAGGUCACGAAUGGUGACAAGGCGCCACAUCAGCAAACAUUACCCCUUCCUUCCGCCAAGGAACGAGUAGGACAAACGGCUUCCGACCCGGUCGCCACGUCAUGUCCGACUCAGCAGAAGAAAAGACGACUAAGUUUCGGUUUAUCCUGGAAGACACGUCAUCAACCGAAUCCCUCUCCGCCUUCCCCACCGCCGUCAGCUCACUCUGCCGACGGGAACUGGGAGGCGAAGAAAGAGCUGAUAAGCAGGGACGGAGGAGCCAAGCUGGUCAACGGCAACAUCUUCCUCGCCUCGUUCGACCAGCGGAGCGAGAAGGCCGCCGGAGAGAGCGCCUGCGCCGCCGUGGUCGCCGUGAUCGCUCACUGGCUCCACUCCCACCCUCGAUCCAUCCCGACGCGGCCACAGCUCGACGGCCUGAUCGCCGAAGGCUCGUCGGAGUGGCGGAAGCUCUGCCACGACGAGUCCCACCGGAGCUCCUUCCCGGACAACCACUUCGACCUCGACACCGUCCUCGCGAACCUCCGGCGGCCGCUGACCCUCUCCCCGGACGAUUCCUUCACCGGGAUCUUCAGCCCGGAGAAAUUCCACAACUUAAGUGGCGCGACGUCGUUUGACGAGGUGUGGUCCCACGUCAGCAAUAGUAGGGCCAAAGUCAGCGGUCAACGGGAGGAUGAGGUGGCGGUGGUGUACAUUGUGAGCUGGAACGAUCAUUUCUUCUUGCUGAAGGUGGAGUCCGAUGCUUACUACAUAAUUGACUCGCUAGGGGAACGGCUGUACGAAGGCUGCGAUCGAGCUUACGUGUUGAAGUUUGAUGAGUCGGCGGUGAUGUACGAGAAGGCAGCGGCGGCGGCGGCGGAGGAGGUGGUGGAGGAAGAAGGGUGGAAGGUGGUUUGUGAAGGGAAAGAGUGUUGUGGAGAGUAUAUGAAGAGGUUCUUGGCCGCCGUGACGGUUGGGGAGCUGGAGGAAGAAGAGCAGAAAGGUGAGGAGGAUCAAGUUUCGACGCUGUCGCUUCUUCGGAGGUUGCAAAUUGAUUUUCACUUUUGUUGUUUGUCGACCUCUGGCGAAUCGAAUUUGUCGUCUGUUGUGGAAUCUCCGACUUCCUCGAUCUUUUCAGGUGACGAAGUACAAUUUAGCGAGUGAUUUUUUCGUUGAGGUUAGUAAACGG